CCUAAAAAUAAAAUGGAAAGUUAAAUCAAUCAUUUAUUUUAAAAAUUAAAAUUCACUUCUCAUUUGAAUGAAGAACACUUACGAACACGAUUCCACCCUCGGGAUUGAACUUCUGCACCGCUGUCCAAUAGUUUGAUGAUCAGGGUUAAACUUCUCCAACGCAAUGUCGUAUUAGGUUCGUCCUUUGUUCAGAUGAAAAUGAUGUAAAUAGAGUGAUUGAAUUUGGGUGAAAACAGAGUGACACUGCAUCAAACCUUGGCUUGCAGGGUAUGGUGGUGAUGAGCAUGUCAGUGUCUGAACUCAUCUCUCUCACGAAGCGCAUCACAACCCUUGAAUCCCUCCUCCAAUUCCACGCCGUCACCGUCACCACCGGCAACUCCACCAACCCCUUCAUCGCCGCCAAGCUCAUCUCUCUCUAUGCCUCUCUCCACCACCACCACUCCACUUCCUCUUCCAAGAUCUUCCACUCCCUCCCUCCUUCCUCCAAAGACACCUUCCUCUGGAACUCCAUCAUCCAAUCCCAUUACUCUCGCUCCCUCUUCCCUCAACUUCUCUCCUUCUACUCCCUCAUGCGCGCUUCCAAUGUUCUCCCCAACCACUUCACCAUCCCCAUGGUUGUUUCUACCUAUGCCCACUUGAUGCUUCUCCCUCAUGGCAUGACCCUUCACGGUUUAUCUUCCAAACUUGGCUUGUUUACUUCUAGUUCAGCUGUGGGGUGUUCCUUUGUGUCGUUCUAUUCACGCUGUGGUCAAAUGAACAAUGCCUUUAACGUGUUUGAUGAAAUGCCUGUGAGAGAUGUGGUUGCCUGGACUGCUCUUAUUAGUGGGUACGUGAAAAAUGGGGAGAGUUACAAGGGUUUGAAGUUUCUCCGUGAGAUGCAUGGGCUUGGUGAUGAUGAUGAUGAUGCUCAGAAGCCUAACAGUAGAACAUUGGAGGAUGGGUUUGUUGCUUGUGGCAAUCUUGGUGCUCUGUUAGAUGGUAGGUGUUUGCAUGGAUUGGUUGUGAAAAAUGGGAUUGGAUGUUCUCAUGUUGUGCAGUCUUCGGUUUUGUCUAUGUAUUGUAAAUGUGGGGUACCCCAAGAAGCUUAUCGAUCGUUUUGUGAAGUGAUUGACAAAGAUCUUUUGUCUUGGACAUCCAUCAUUGGUGUUUAUGCAAGGUUUGGAAUGAUGAGUGAAUGUAUGAGAUUCUUCUGUGACAUGCAGGAAGACCAAAUACAGCCAGAUGGAAUUGUUAUUGGUUGCAUUCUUUCAGGUUUUGGUAAUUCCUUGGGUGUAUCUGAAGGGAGAGCAUUUCAUGGAUUAAUCAUGCGGAGACAUUGUGAUUGUGAGCCUGAUGAGGUGGUUAACUAUUCGUUGUUGUUUAUGUACUGCAAGUUUGGAAUGUUAAGUUUUGCAGAGAGGCUUUUUCACAGGUGUCAACAGAGCAUAGAGUGCUGGAACUUCAUGGUUUCUGGAUAUGGUAGAAUAGGAAAGAACAUCGAGUGUAUUGGACUCUUCAGGGAGAUGCAAUAUUUAGGUAUUCAUUCUGAAUCAACCAGCGUAGUUUCGGCAAUUGCUUCAUGUGCCCAGUUAGGAGCAAUCAAGUUAGGAAGGUCAGUUCAUUGCAAUGCGAUAAAAGGUUUUAUGGAUGACAAUGUCUCAAUCACCAAUUCACUCAUAGAAAUGUAUGGACAAUGUGAUAUGAUGACCUUUGCUUGGAGAAUAUUUAACAAGUCGGAGAGACAUGUUACCUCAUGGAACACUUUGAUUUCAUCUCAUAUUCAUGUCAAGCAUCAUGGAGAGGCCAUAAAUUUAUUUAAUAAAAUGAUUAUGGAAGACCAGAAGCCUAAUACAGCAACAUUUAUUUCAGUGCUUUCAGCUUGUUCUCACCUUGCAUCUCUAGAGGAAGGAGAAAGAGUCCACCACUACAUUAAUGAAAUAGGCUUUAAGCUCAAUUUACCCCUCAGCACAGCUUUGGUUGAUAUGUAUGCUAAGUGUGGGCAGCUAGAAAAAUCACGAAAGGUAUUUGACUCCAUGUUAGAGAAGGAUGUUAUUUGCUGGAAUGCGAUGAUUUCAGGCUAUGGAAUAAAUGGAUAUGCAAAAUCUGCUGUGGAGAUAUUCCAACAUAUGGAGGAAUCAAAUGUUAAGCCAAAUGGAAUUACUUUCCUCUCUCUUCUCUCAGCAUGUGCCCAUGCAGGGCUUGUUGAAGAAGGGAAAUACUUGUUUACUAAAAUGCAGAACUAUUCUGUGAAACCCAAUUUAAAGCACUACACUUGUAUGGUAGAUCUUUUAGGAAGAUCAGGUAAUCUAGAAGAAGCAGAAGCUCUGGUCCUAUCCAUGCCCAUUUCUCCUGAUGGCGGCGUGUGGGGAGCUUUGCUAGGUGCGUGUAAAACUUACAAUCAAGUUGAGAUGGGAAUAAGAAUUGCCAUGUGUGCUAUUGACUCUGAACCAGAAAAUGAUGGGUAUUACAUAAUGAUGGCCAAUAUGUAUAGCUCUAUUGGGAGGUGGGAAGAAGCAGAAAAUGUGAGAAGGACUAUGAAGGAGAGGUGUUCAUUGGGAAAGAAAGUUGGUUGGAGUGUGCUUUGAACUAAGGCUUCCCUUCUGUCAAGCCUAAAAUUUGGAAAGGUCAAAGGCAAUGUGAAUUUUAUCCAGGUGUCAAUUUGCUUAAUGUUUUCAAAUUUGCUCCUUUCACAAGCCACUGAUAUGCUUGUUAUUGAGCGUUUGGGCUUAGGAAGCGGACAUGAUACUGUAAAAACUGUUUGCAUUAUAGCUUCCAUGAGCACUCGCUUCCACUAUCUUGGUUGCUCAAAUCAAGCACAUAUAAAUGCAUGUUUGGAAAUUCUUCUACAAUUGAUUGUGAAGGCAAAAUCAAUUAUGGGGAGACGCUUAUGUGAGUAGCUUGUAGAUGCCAGAAUUGAUUAUGAGGAAAUAGAAGCUGAUCAGUUAGCGACCAACUGGUUUUUGAAUAUCACACAGGAGUUUGAACUUUGCAUAAAGCGAUAGGGAAGUGUGUAUUUUCUUCAUCAAGAUUCUUGCAGCUAACUGGCAGCAGAAGAUUGAGUUUAUGAUUGUUAUGGAAAUUUUGCAGGUUGAUACUGCAUAUACUCACUGUCACUGGUGUUAUUGGGUAGCUGCAAGAGCAAGUGGGAUGAUUUAUGAACGAUAUCUUAGUUUGGAUUAUCAUCCUUAGUCUUCACGGCUUGUUUAUGCUCCUUGGAAUGAAGCCUAAAAAAUAGUGACUAAAUGCUCCUGUCAAGUCAUUUAUUGAUUUUUCCCUUUGAAAUUAGAACCCAAGAAAUAAGCGUUUUAUCACAAAGAUUGCAGAUUGCAGUGGAAGGGGAUGAUAUAGAUGUCUUUAUAUUCUUGUAUACAAGGAGGGAAAAGAAAACUGAUAUUUCUUGUAUUCUUGUACAUUAGACACUGAUACACCACACAUCUGCUUGCAAACAUAAAGGCAAAACACAUGGACUACAAUAAACUACACCUUUAUUUGAGGGAAAUCAGAUACUGUCUUAAAGCUUCUUCAGUGUUGACAAAACACUGGAAGAUAAUUGAAGACUAAGAGGUGCUUGUAAAAUGGGCAUGACCUUCAUCAAUUGCUUCACUUCACUGCAAAAAUGAAGAUGGUUGAGUCACGAAACAUGUCAGAUAUAAAGCAAACCUGAUGAAAUGAAGCACUCGCUAUGUGCGAGGUUUAGGGAGGGGCCAUACCCACUUUGUGAAGCUAAUGUAGGCGCAACCUUACUUGCAUUUUUGCAAGAAGCUGAUUCCACAGCUCAAACCUGUGACUGCGAAGUCACAUGGCAGCAACCUUAUCGUUGCGCCAGGGCUCAUCCUCCAAACAUGUCAGAUAUAAAUACACAUAUUCAAAGUCUAUUCAGGCUUAAGAUGAUGCUAACCUGACAUUCCGGAGGUGUGCUCAGACCACAUUCACUUGGCAACUUCAAAGCUUGUGUAGGGUUGAUUCCAAAUGAAGGUAGAGCAGACUUGUAUUUGCAGAGACAAGGCAAGUUGGCUUGGCGAACAACAUCACAACAAUUUUUAUCUGGUGGUGGAGGGUGUUCACCAGUAGCCGCUGCACGACAUGAUUUCAGCUGACUAGUGUCUAUGUUACACAAUGCAACAGCUUGAGCACCUCC